ACUCGAAAGUCGAAACAAUAGAUUAUAGAAGGCCAUUGCUUGACCCACGCAGAUAUAGCUUCGCUGCUCUCCGAAAUGGCGUCGUUUUUGUCCUUCCCUGCCCUUCCCUCACUUCCCUACUCUCCCACCAGAGCUUCCUUUCGUACCCGCUCCACCUCGCUUUUUCAGAACCGGUUUGGUGUGAGAUGCAGUUAUGCGGAAGCAACUGUAAGGGAUGACUAUAAACCUGAUACAAUAGAUGUUGUAGCUGAUAUCAAGACUGAAAGGAUUGUAGUCUUAGGAGGCAGUGGUUUUGUGGGUUCUGCUAUAUGCAAGGCAGCGGUAUCAAAGGGCAUAGAGGUCAUAAGUCUAAGCAGGUCGGGCCGUCCUACUUACCCAAAUUCAUGGGUAGAUCAGGUAAAUUGGAUAGCAGGAGAUGUUUUCUAUGUAAACUGGGAUGAAGUACUGGUUGGGGCUACUGCAGUGGUUUCAACCCUUGGAGGUUUUGGUAGUGAGGAACAGAUGCAAAGGAUUAAUGGCGAGGCUAAUGUUGUGUCUGUGAAUGCUGCAAAGGAUUAUGGUAUUCCCAAGUUUGUCUUAAUCUCAGUGCAUGAUUACAAUUUACCAUCAUUUUUACUUUCAUCUGGAUACUUCACUGGAAAGAGGAAAGCAGAGUCUGAGGUCCUUUCCAAAUAUCCCAACUCCGGUGUUGUGUUAAGACCGGGCUUCAUAUAUGGGAAAAGGAGGGUGGAUGGUUACGAGAUUCCUCUGGAUUUGAUAGGGGAACCAUUGGAGAGAAUUCUGCGUGCUGCUGAAAGCUUUACCAAGCCUUUGAGUUCUCUUCCAGCAUCUGAUCUGCUCUUGGCUCCACCUGUUAGUGUUGAUGAUGUUGCACUUGCAGUUAUCAAUGCAAUCUCAGAUGAUGACUUCUUUGGCAUUUUCACAAUCGACCAAAUCAAGGAAGCUGCAGAAAAAGUGAGGGUGUGAUAUAGCUUUUCUAACGUAGAGUCAAAGGUGGUAUAAUACAGGCAGGAUUUUGAGUAUGAUGUUACUCCUGGUUUAGCUACCCCAUGCAUGGGAAUGAUAUACAUGGAAGUGUUGUGUAAAGACCCCAUAUUUCUUAUACAAACUGUCUUUAACAUUUUAAUAUGAA